AUGGCUAGUGGAGGAAGCAGACGUGAUCCUGCAUGGGAACAUGAUUUUCCAAUUGAAGGUAAUAAAAGUGGAACAAUAUGCAAAUAUUGUAAUCGUGUGAUGAAGAGUGGUGGAGUAACACGAUUAAAAUACCACCUUAGUGGUAUUGAUCCUUCACACAAUGUACAACCUUGUGGUCAAGUGCCUCCUAAAGUUAAAAAAUUCAUAAUAGAUUCGUUAAAAGGAAAACAACAAUGUAAGAUCCAAAAACCAAAUAGAAUGGAAGAGAUUCAUGCAGAUUUACGAGGACAACUGCAUGCUGAAACAUAUGAUGUGGAUGAUGAGGAUGAUGAUGACAUAGCAUAUCCACCUGGGAUGGAUCCAUAUGAGAAAAAUGAUUAUCGGGAGGCAAUUGGUGCUUCUAAACAAUCAGAGUUGGAAAGAAGUCAUCUCCACAAAGUUCGAUAUCAAGCUGAAGGAGGCGAAUCUAGCAGUCGUGCUAAACCUGCAGUACAACAAACAAAGAGUUUUAAAGAUCCACAAUCAAGAUUUGUUGCACCAAGCUUAUACAAGUCCUCUAAAGCAAAGCAAAAAAAUGAUCAUAAAUACAUAUAUGAGCAAUUGGAGAAACUAAUUCUGGAAGUUGGAAAGAAAAAUGUGGUACAAAUUGUAACAGAUAAUGGCUCUGCAUUUGUUAAAGCCGGGAAGAAAUUGAUGGGAGAUUACAAUUUGUAUUGGACUCCAUGUGCAGCACAUUACAUUGAUCUCAUGUUUGAAGAUAGUGGGAAGAAUGAGAAUAUGGCUAUUGUGAUCAAGCAAGCUAGAGCAAUCACAACUUACAUCUACAAUCAUAAUUGGUUGCUAGCAAAGAUGUGUGAAACUUGCAAAGGUGACAUCAUUUGUCCGGGACUUACACAAUUUGCCACAAACUAUCUUGCGCUUGAUAGCUUGGUUAAAAAGAAAGCAAGACUUAAGCAACUAUUCAUAUCUACUGAUUGGACUAAUCAUAAUUAUAGUGCUUCAAAAGAAGGCCAAACAGUGGAAAAUAUAGUACUUAAUCAUACUUUUUGGGAUCAAGCACAUAAGCUUACAUACUUCAAGGAUGCAAGGAAAGGAUUUGCAAGACCAACAGCAAUUGCUUCUAGAAAAGAGAUGUCUCCUGUUGAAUAG